UUGGACACGUCUUCCUCCGUUUCAUUCAGUUGGACACAUCUUCCUCCGUUUCAUUCAGUUGUAAUCAUAUCUGUAAUGUAUGUGAGGCCUUUGAGACAUCAUAGUAAAUAUGUUGACUUGUUGGUCAAGGGAAAUGCAAGUUUACUUCUUUGAGUUUUUGAGUUGCUGAGUCGCUAAACCUUGUGGGAUAUUAAUGAAUGUGAACUCAGCAACCGUAAUUCCAGAACAGUCCCACUGUUGUAAUAGUGUGAUGUGUAUCUUCUGACAGACUCUAUGCUGAGUAAAGUCAUGUUUUUAUCCUAAAACGUUGUUCUACCAGAACCAAAGUGUGGAUGCAGUCACUAUUUAGAGCAGUCUAAUCUCAUUCACCCAGAACUAUAAUCUUGUGUGAUUAAGUUCUGGGUCCAUACAUGUUAGAAACUACAGGUGAGUCACAUGUUAUUUGUUACAGCAGUUUCCAUGGAAACAUACAGAGGAGUUUAUGCAAAUCAACUCUUUCUGUCUUGACACAUGAAGGAGGAGUCUCUGAAAACCUAUUUAAAGCAGUCUGUCCUGACUCAGAUCAACAGUCUCCAGUCUACCAACUGGUCUCUGAAAUAACUAUUUAAAGCAGUCUGUCCUGACUCAGAUCAACAGUCUCCAGUCUACCAACUGGUCUCUGUAACUUCAUCUUUGUCUCUGUGGUGUACAGUCUUCAGGUGAUGAUGGGGAUAUUGAAUCAUCUCUCUACUCUCCUCCUUCUCUCUCUCCUUCCUCCUGCUCUCUCUCAUGUAGUGAAGAAGUUCAGUGAUGUUCCACAGUGCAAGAGUUUCUUCCUGAAGGGGACAACUCCAAAUCUCCCAGGUAUUUUGGUUGGUGGGAUAUUCAAGGACGAUGGCCCCUACAAGCCGAUCUGCCAGAAGUACAAAAACUUCUACAGGUUUGCAACUCUCUACGACACAUUCAACCGGAUCCCUGUGUUCUCAGCCUACACCUUCACUGGUAAUACAACGGGUCGACCAAUAGAUCGCUGGAUGAUCGAGCCUGGGCUCGAAGGGGUAAACCGCACUGAAAUGCAGAUACAAGAGGGAGGCAGUUACAAACACCAGGCUGAGCAAAAGGACUAUAAAAACUCAAAAUAUAGAGGGGUGAACAGAGGUCACCUCUUCCCAAGUUCACAUGCUCAUGACCUUGAUACUCAGAAGUCCACCUUUACCCUGACCAACAUCGUUCCCCAGGUGGUGUCCUUCAACGAUGGCAGCUGGAAGACAAUGGAGGGAAAUGUCAGAGGAACUCUGAAGCUUAACUGUAAGGAUGCUAACGACCAGAUAAAAGCCUAUGUGGUGACUGGAGCAGUUCCCAACAACAACAAAACCAAACUGAACAACCGAGUGAACAUCCCGUAUCUCAUGUGGACAGCCUACUGCUGUGAAAACAAGAAGUACAAGAAGAACAAGAAGUGGAUGGCCGGAGCAUACUGGGGGGAGAACAAGAAGGGGACAGGGGCAUUGGAUCAACAAACCUUGGGAGCACUCGAAAUCAUGUUGAACAGAUAUUACAAAGGUAAAGAUGGUCCUGUCAAGGUGUUCCCAGAAGAUUGUCCAAGAGGUCCUAAACCUACCACUUCCUCCUAACCCAGUUGGAAGAAUUCCUUCCGUAGUGAGGAAUCUUUACAAUUCCAUGAGAAAUAGUUCUGGAAGGUUCUUUGGAUGAUCUGGGUACAGAUGCUCACACCAUAUCAACAAACUAUCAUUACUGUUAGACUAAUGAUUAUCAGGGUUAUGAGGGUUACAAUGGUAAUGGGGGUUGUAAUGGUAAUGGGGGUUGUAAUGGUAAUGAGGGUUAUAAUGGUAAUGAGGGUUAUAAUGGUAAUGAGGGUUGUAAUGGUAAUGAGGGUUAUAAUGGUAAUGAGGGUUAUAAUGGUAAUGAGGGUUGUAAUGGUAAUGAGGGUUGUAAUGGUAAUGAGGGUUGUAAUGGUAAUGAGGGUUAUAAUGGUAAUGAGGGUUGUAAUGGUAAUGAGGGUUAUAAUGGUAAUGAGGGUUAUAAUGGUAAUGAGGGUUACAUGUCAACAUAUGUACACUUUCAAUUGUAAUAUUUUUCUCUUCUAUGUCUAUAUAUAUGUCUAUAGUCUAUACUCUUCUCUCCCCUCUCUACCCAUCUCUUCUAUGUCUAUAUAUAUCUAUAGUCUAUACUCUUCUCUCCCCUCUCUACCCAUCUCUUCUAUGUCUAUAUAUAUCUAUAUUCUAUACUCUUCUCUCCCCUCUCUACCCAUCUCUUCUAUGUCUAUAUAUAUCUAUAUUCUAUACUCUUCUCUUCCCUCUCUGUCCAUCUCUUCUAUGUCUAUAUAUCUAUAUUCUAUACUCUUCUCUUCCCUCUCUGUCCAUCUCUUCUAUGUCUAUAUAUAUCUAUAGUCUAUACUCUUCUCUUCCCUCUCUGUCCAUCUCUUCUAUGUCUAUAUAUAUCUAUAUUCUAUACUCUUCUCUUCCCUCUCUGUCCAUCUCUUCUAUGUCUAUAUAUAUCUAUAUUCUAUACUCUUCUCUUCCCUCUCUGUCCAUCUCUUCUCUGUUUAUUUCAAAUAUAAAAAGUAUGUAAGGGAACAGAAUUCUAUUUUAAUAAAUAAAUACAGUUUAAUUCCUUGAUGAUGUGCUGCCAUUACUCUUGUUAAUGUUAAUAAUUAGGCUUCCAGCAGGGCUGAGGUCAAUUCCAUUUCAAUUCCAGUCAGUUCUAGAAGUACACUGGAAAUCCAUUUCUCUGCAAUGCUUUUCAAUGAGGAACAUUUGGAAUUGAAAUAGAAUUAACCCCAACCCUGGCCUACAGUUUGUCAGGUUGUGACUUCCUUAUGACUGUUACCAUGGAGAUACUAUUAUAUGUUCUGAAUGUAAUUCUAUCACUGUUACCAUAGAGAUACUAUUAUAUGUUCUGAAUGUAAUUCUAUCACUGUUACCAUAGAGAUACUAUUAUAUGUUCUGAAUGUAAUUCUAUCACUGUUACCAUAGAGAUACUAUUAUAUGUUCUGAAUGUAAUUCUAUCACUGUUACCAUAGAGAUACUAUUAUAUGUUCUGAAUGUAAUUCUAUCACUGUUACCAUAGAGAUAAUAUUAUAUGUUCUGAAUGUAAUUCUAUCACUGUUACCAUAGAGAUACUAUUAUAUGUUCUGAAUGUAAUUCUAUCCCUGUUACCAUAGAGAUACUAUUAUAUGUUCUGAAUGUAAUUCUAUCACUGUUACCAUAGAGAUACUAUUAUAUGUUCUGAAUGUAAUUCUAUCACUGUAUGUAUCCAUCUUCUUCCCAUCUGAAGGAAUAAACAUCUAUAAUGAAUGAA